AUGAGAAGCUUCAUAGUUUUAUUAUUGUGUGGUGUGUUUGUCUGUGUCGACAGUGAAUGUAGUGAUCUUGAAUGUACUGAGGAAGUAAUUAAGCAAAUAUUAGAAGAAGAAGAUACAGCAACAGAUGUUGUAGACCUAAAAUUAGUUGCUCCCGGAUUUAAACAAAUUAAGAACGUGGAAUUACAAGACGUGAAAAAUAUCGUCCUGGGUUUGACACAAUGGUUUGAGCACAAAUUAAAUGAAAGCACUUUUAUUUAUAAAAAUGUUCACAACAAAACUAAAAUAUUUGUGAAAAGUUUCGAUUUCAGUGUAGAUUUUGAGAAAGGGAAAGCACGCAUUGAUAUGGGUUUGGCUAAAGAAUUUGAUGAACAAAAAACUAAUGCAACCGACUUGCUGAAGAUAAUAAAAGAAGAUUAUGAUGAAGAAACAAGUACUACACCAGAUCCUAGUACAGAGUUAGAUAAUAUGUCAAGUACAAUGACUGAUGCAAUAGGACAUACCAUUGAUGCUAUAAUCGAACGCCAUAAAAAUGUAAACAAUGUUGAUAUUUACAACACUGUAGAUUUUGACACAACUUAUUACGAUGUAUAUGAAGAAGAUAAUUCAACAGAUUAUCCAAUAAUUGAUUAUAUUGAACUAUAUAAAGAUACCACUAACGAGGAAAAUGUAUAUACGGGAACUGAAUUACCUACUACUUUGGCUGAUUUUAGUGACCAAACAACUGAUACUAAAGUGGUUUCUUUUGAGAGUUUACUCAAUGAUACAUCUACCUUCCAGAGCACUGUCUUCCCCUGGAUAGCCACCAUCUUCAUUAAGAACAGCACAGAAAACUCUCAGUUCCACUACUUCUGCGAUGGUGCUCUGUUGUCGGAGAAGGUCAUUCUUACUGGAGGAAGAUGCGUUCACCAUUCUACUGGCGUUGUGGCGGCAGAAGAUAUUCUCGUCUUCCUUGGCAAGACAAACUUACAAGCAAUGGAUGGCAGUGAAAAAUUAUACAGGGUAAAAAAUGUAUUCCUGCACAAUAACUUCACCCUGGAUCUCGAAAGAAGGGCACAGAAUGAUUUGGCCAUCCUUAUUUUGGAUGUAGCUGCUGAAUUCGAUGAUAGAAUACAAAGUUCUUGCAUACACCUUGAAGAGGCCACUGAAGUCCAGGAAGCUGCGACAACCGCUUGGGGACCCAACGGACAAUUAUUGCCGAUAUUCUUUGAGGAAGAGAAGAGUGAUAUUUGUUUCGAUAAGGGCGAAGAUAUAUUUUGUGCUACGUAUGGUCAAAAUAUACCCCUCUGUCCGAGCUACGGUGGUAUUUACGCCACCAAGCGCAUGUCAAGAUGGUGUAUCCAAGGUAUAUUCUAUGGGGACCCUACAAAGAAUGGGCUGUGCUUUAAUAAAAAUGUCUUAUUCACAUCGUUACGUAAUUACUUCGACUGGAUUGAUGAUUACAUUGUAAUUAAUGCUAAUAUACUAUAA